AUCAGAGCCACGUUCACUCAACGGUCUCAUGUCUCAUCGUUUACUCACCGAUCAGUGGCUUUGAACUCAUCCAAUGGUUGUGUUUGUUCUUGUAUUUAUUGAUGGAGUGCGUCUGCUGGAAAAUAGGCUAAUAUAGAUGAGACAAAAAUGGAGUCAAGAUAGUCAGAUUGAAAUGAAGACCUAGUUGAGUUUUUGGCUGGAUGGAUAUGUAUGGUUGAGGAUGAAAUUCAUCAUCGCUGGCUAAUAACAGAGCUAAUAACUGUUUAAUGGUGACCGGUGAUGUAUCUUAUCGAUUCUCUAACUGGUGGAAGGUGUAGGUUUUAUAUUAUUAACUUGAACGAGGUUUGUGAAUAUAUAUAAUGCAUUUUUAUAAGCGUUUGAAAAAUCUUGAUGUAGUGUAAUGUGGAGUUGAGUGUAUUAAUGUAGUUAUUGAUACGGAUUCUAUAACAUUCUCCUAGUCACCUGUGCCAUUGAUAUACUUGAAAGGUAUAAUUUGUUCAAAUAAUCUUCUUUUGAAGAAAUUUUUAAUCUUAGAAAAAAAAUCUUGCCAAAGAAAAACAAAUUCUAUUCAAGAAAUAUAGUACUAAUAUAAUAUAUGAUUCUGCCAUGCUAAAAGAAUCCAAUUGGACUAGAUAUAACUAUUUUGUUCAAAUAAGGGUGGUUAAAAAUGUAUUCCACUAAAUGAUUUCUUGUAACAAUUUAGUUGAUAAUCGUGCCAAUAAAUUAGUCUAAUUGUAUUUUCUUUUAUUAAUUUUUCAAUUAUUAUGUACUAAUAUGUAAUGUACUUGUAACUUGCCAAAGGUGUAUAAGUAUUGUUGUAUCAGAUAAUCCUAAGUUUAAGUUUGUGGAAGUUGAUUCAGAUUAUUCCACAAUAUUGUUCUUUCUUCUAUAAUCUGUGGUUCUAAUUCAAAUUUUAGGACUAUUCAUUUUCAAUAAUCUUGUUUGAAAGGUGUAGGAUUUGACCCUUAUAAGCCAUACAUUGUGAAAUACGGUAAAUAUUUAUUUUAUCUAUCAAGUUUUCUUCCUAGUGUAGGUGUGAGGUCAAAUUGAUUCUUUGCAUUCGCUCUGUCUCUUUCUAUUUAUAAAUGAGUAUGUUAUUCCACUUUUUGACAUUCUAAUCUCAACACUAGACCAGUUUCGUGAAGCCAAAAUUCUCAAUUUUCAACCCUUCCCUUCUAAAACCAAAUUGUAUCCAAUCUUAUGCUACUCUAAAACAGUUGAUCCUGUUCUUAAUUCAUGUACUAACUGAUUUCAACUUGUCCAAUUCUUUAAAUCUUGAUACACUUAUUUAAUUUUGUUCCAUCAAUAUGCCACAAACUUUAUUCUGGCUCUGCUUAUUGUUUUCAAGUCUGUAGCUUUGAAUAGAUUUACCUUUAGAUAUAUCAUUAUGAGCUUUUCUUUUUAGAGUGAAAAAUUGUAAUGUUUCAAAUUCCAUAUAAUAAGUAUUCAAUUCAAUUUAUUCCACCAAAAACACAAAAAUUAUACAAAGUUGUGACAGACAAGUUCUAAUAGUUGAGUUUGUUUGUUACUUGAAUCAAGUUCUAACAGUUAGUAUUGUUUCUAACCUUAUUGCGUCAAAAUUGUAAUCGUACCGUUACUUUAACCAUCAAUUAUCUCAACUUUUGAAUCGGGUGCUGUUCUCCUAUACUGGUUGAGUGUGGCGCGAUGGGCCAAAAACGAGGCUCGCUGUCCAAGGAGCAUGUGUGCAGCGAAUGCAACAAAGCGUUCUCGAUGCCCUACAAACUGAAGAAGCACAUGCGUAUGCACACGGGCGAGCGACCCUACAAGUGCAGCGACUGCAGCGCCAGCUUCAGUCAGAGCGGCGGCUUGCGCAACCACGUGCUCAGUCAGCACAAAGCUGACGAUGUGUUCCAGUGCCACUACUGCAACAAGCAGUUCCCUAUCAAGGACAGGCUCAAGUUGCACAUGCGUAUUCACACCGGCGAGAAGCCUUACAGGUGCAAAGUAUGUGACAAGAUGUUCGCACGCGCCAGCCAGCUGAACCAGCACACGAACACCCACCUGAAGGUGCGGCCGUACAGCUGUUCGUUCGCGCGGUGUGACGCGUCGUUCGCCAGCCGCAACAACCUGGCCAACCACAUCAAGCGCCACAUGAACCAGUGCGACUAUGUGUGCAGUCUGUGUGGCAAGGCCUUCAUCCGGUCGGACGGCCUGCACAAGCAUCUCAGCCGCUUCCACGCCAACCAGCGCGCCUUUCAGUGCAAGAUAUGCAACAAGCGCUACAAGGGCCAUCUGCUACAGCACAUGCGCAUUCACAUGGAGGAGAAGCCGCAUGCCUGCUCCUACUGCUCUAUGAGGUUUGUGCAGAAAUCGCAGCUGACAGUGCACGAGCGCACACACAGCGGCAUCCGGCCGUACCGCUGCCAGAUCUGCCACAUGGCGUUCGCGCACUCGACGGCGCUCAAAAUGCACAUCCACCGACACACGGGCGAAAAGCCAUUCAAGUGCCUCAUGUGCGCCGACCGCGCAUUCAGCCAGCUGCCACACCUCAAGAAGCACAUGCUCGCCAUCCACAAGACCGACAAGCCCUACCUGUGCAAGCCGUGUCAACACUUCUUCAAGACAAAGAGUGAGCUGCUCGACCACGAGCGUGAGUGCCAAGCCGACGCCUCCCUCCGCCCUCACCACUCCCAGCCCACGCCCACCUCCCUCGAGCAACUCCGCAUCCUGCUCGCCAUCCUCCUGCAGAAAAUCUCCACCCCCGCCCGCCUCACCUCCUUCGGCUACGGCAAGAAGCUCAUCGACGAUGUCCUCUGCGAGUCCAUCAAGAGCUCGGGGCGGCAACCCUGUCUCGACGACACUCUUCUGCCGCUCGAGCGUCUCAAAAACAAUGUCGAAAUACUUUUGGAAUGGACUGUACCCAAAGAGUACAUGGAAAAGUUUCGACAGGAGAAGCGUUCCACCGAGGAUCUGAUGCGCGAACUCACCUCAUGACAAGGGUCAAUAGUAUUUUUCAUCACUUCAUUUAGUAAUAACUAUGCAACUCUCAAGGUACCUAGCACUGAUGCAUAGCAAAUUUCACUUUUCUUCUACAUUCAUAAUUCGUUCAGAGCCGUAUCUAUGAACUUUGUUUACUCGAAAGCACGACUUUUUCAAAUCGCAAAUACUUGAUUUUGAGAUUUUUUUUACAAUCAUAAAUCUUUCAGAACCGUAUCUGUGAACGUUGUCCACUUGAAAGCACGACUUUGUUGCAUUGCAGAUACUUUACCAGUACUUUAUUGAGAUUCACUUCAAAGUGUGCAUUCCAUAUAAAUUAUAUCAAUGCUUCCCAUUCUACCAAUGUUGACAGUUUGAGGGAAUCUCACUGUAGUAAUACUCUGGUUUUUAUGAAGCUAUUGUGUAUUAUCUAUCUUGCGCCAACUAUCUGAAUAUUUAUUUUGUAAUACUGUUUUUGUGCAAUAGGUCUGUAUAGAGACCUGGCACAGCAAAUAAUAAAAUCAAACAAUCUGGUACUCAGUUGUUUGGCAAUAGAGCCGUUCUUCCGGCUUUGAAACUUAUGGGUAUGGUCCUUCAUUUCUAAUAAUCGUUGAAGCGAGGUAGGUUGUGACACAAGGUAGGAAGGUUCACGAAACCUCACUUCUUGAUUAGUGUGAAUUUAUUUUCUAUAAAUUAUCAACUUUAUUUAGUAGUUAUAAAAUCUUAAUAUUUAGGCUUCACUUGAUUUGGAUGUAUGUGUGCUGGUAUGUCUUCAUGGUCAUGGUCGCUAGUCUUUCGUAAUAUCUUUCAUUACUCACUUCAUCUAGUAAUAAUCUUAGCAUUCACGGGGUAGGCAUGUGGUUUACUAGUUUCGAUAUUAGUGUGAAUAUUGAAGGUGACGGUUAUUGAAGUAUUAAUCAUUGAUCAAAGAAGAACAACAGUUCCAGGUGAAAUAAUGUAGUACUUCAAGAGAUAAAUUAUUGUACUAUGAAAAUAGAUAAAUGCUAAUUGAAUUUUCAAUCUAAUGGUGAGCGAUUGGAAAGCUGAGUUGCACUCAGGACAGAGAUACAGUUAUUUUGAUAUGUAGCUUGUAUUAUGACGUUGACUGUCUUUCAGUCUUGCUGCGUAUUUUAGUUCCUAUUUUUCCGCUUAUUUUAGAAUUACGUGCGUAAGAACCAUCAUCAUCUAUCUUGAAUCAGCUUAUUAUAAUAUUAGUACUUAUCAGAGCAAAGAUCCCUGAUUAACAUUAUUAAUCUCAGUUGGUGUAACUGCAACCCAACUUCAGUUAUCAGUAAUUAUUCGAUUAACCUCAUUCAACAUGUCUUAGAAUAUUUUCCAUCACACAUUUUAAUAUUACAUUAACAUCUAAAUGUCGAGUCUAUUGGUUUUCAUUGACUUCUGAUUUCAAUUAUGGAACUAGGCGAGUUUAGUUGAUAACUUGUAUUGCAAACAUGAUAUCUUAUCAUAGAUCUUGUAAGUAUUCUACAGGUAUCAGACUUGAACUACUGUUAAAGUGUUGAUCAUGUUUUAUUUGAAUCAGCUUACAGUUUAACAUACUUGGCUUACAAGUUUUUAAUCUAGGCCCUCUCGUGUUCAAUGGCACAGUGUUGCUAUAAUCUUCUACAUUUAAUUCUGACCAAAGCAGUGAGUAUCUAUUUUAGAAUAGUAAUUUCUAGCUAGAAAACUUUGUAAUACUGUCGAAGAAAAAAAGGAAGCACAUUUUAAAAUUAUAAAUUAAACUAAUUAUCAAGAAACAUGAAGCUUUUGUCCUCUUAUUGAGAAUUUGAGUGAUCUCAAUAAUACCAAAGAAAACCCUCUACUGGCAUAAUUUUGAUGAUCUCACACUAAAUCUUAAUAGCAAUUCUUUCAUCUCAAAUCCGAAAUUAUAUAUGAAACACAUAUUGUGUUGAUCACUAUACUCACUGUCAUUUAUUGCUAAAUUUAAUUGAUAGGCGAGGAUAGAGGUGUUUGAUCUAAAUUACUUGAUAAUUAAAAAUAUCAACAUACAAAAUCUUAUCAAAAGUAUUAUUCGUUCUUGUAUACUAUUUAUGAGUACAUAUCUGAUUAAUUGAGAGAUUUUUCAUUAUGAAAAAAUAGUAUUUAAGAGUAGGCCUAUUCAUCUAUGAUGUAAUUACCACAUGAGUCUCAGACUUUAGGUUGGUUCCAUACCAUCAAUCAGUAUAAGACUGGAAUAAAGUGACCCCAUAAAGUUACCAUGAAUGUUCAUCAUUUGAACAAUAUGAAGUUCAUAAUUAACACUGAAAGUGUUACAAUGACUAAGCUUGCCAUCACAAGUUACCGAUGGAUAAUUCUCAAGCGAGAUAUACGCUCUUAAAAGUGUAAAAUUGUAAUAUAACAGCUUUUAAUCCUAUUUCUUGAUGUUUAAGGGCCUACAACUCUUCAACAAUGCAUUGUAUAAAUGAAUGCACACCGUUGAUUUGUAGAGCUUUGUUUUCUCUUCAAUUUGAUGUAUUAUUUCACUACUCAAUGUUUUCCUUCUAUUGUUAUAGCAGAUUCAAUAUCUCGAAAACUGUUGGAGAUAUCACAAAUCACCACUAAACAAAUAUUGUAGAGAAUUUAUCAAGCUUCAUUUCCGAAUAGUUAGUCAUGUCGGUUGAACGCAUUUUUCUCAAGAUAUGAGCAUGUAAGCAAAACAUUGAAAAAUGCAACUUUUAAACCACUCUCAUCCCUUUAGCACAAGGGGUAGAAAUGGGGACUUUUGAUAUAUUCAUCCCCUAACUGGCGCCAACAAAGCUGCAAAGUAAAAAAUUGUGUUAAAAACAUUCUCUCGAAAUUCCUUUGUCAAUUGGUCUAUUUUUGCAUAACUGAAGAUAUCACACUCAACACUGAAGCUGCUGCAACAGUCGUGGGGAUGUGCGUAAACUUGUGACAUUAUAUAUCAAAUUGAAGAGAAUUUGAUGCUCUAAAAGCUCAUAAUCAGCAUGGAUUUUUCCCAUCUAUAUUCAAAAAGUUAUAAGAGCAAAAAUAGCAAAAAAAUUGAAGGAAAAUGUGUUUUUUCAAAAAUGUCACAUCUUAUAGAGCGGAUAUCUCGAAAAGUGAAAGAGAUAUAGAAAAUGUUGUUAGAUCAACAUUGUAGGACAUUACUUAUGCUUUAAUUUCUUAAAGAAUAGUCAUGUCUGUAAAAUGCAUAAUUUUCGAGUUAUAAUUAUGCGAGAAACCAAAAAAAUGGUACCUUUGAACCACCCCCACCCCAUUAGCACAGGAGGUAGGGGUGGGGACUUUUGAUAUGUUUACCUCCUCACUACCCUAAACAGAACUGUGAGGUCAAAAAUUGUGUUCCAAACUUUUCCCUCUAUACCUAUUUUUGAGCAUUCAUUGCCUGGACUAUUAACAGUAUUUUCAUUUGAAAAAAAAAUUAAAAAACACAGUUUUAUUUUCGUCACAUCAUGACUUGAAUAAUUAGGGAGAAAUUCCACAAUAUCAACUCUUAUUCAAUGAAAUUAAAUUGCUCAAAUCAUUUACUAUUUUUAUUUAAACUUUUGUUUAGUGCCAUCUAAUGUAUUAUGAGUUAUGAGUAAAUGUGUUAGCUUGAUAUUGAAAUGACCAUCCAAAGAUUACCCAGCAAUUAUUUUGUUUAUUAAGUCAACUUAUUAGAUAACUAAUAGUAAUAUUAAUUCGUUUGGGCCAAGCGCACACCAGUUAGUUAGACACGAUAAUCAAAGUUUUUCUCAUUGUUUGUCUCAAAGUUUACAUAUCUCAAUGAAUGUUUUAUCUACCUCUAGACUAGCUAGGUGUGCGAUUAGCCUUAAAGAACACUGCCAUGAUAUUAUAAUAAUUACCGUAAUUGAAUUAACUUAUUUUUGUAUAUAAAUUUGAUAUAUUGUCAAUGUAAUAUUAAUUGAAUUUUUCAACUCAGAAUUACCUAAACUAAAAUUUAAUUUCAACAUUAUUUCAAGGAAUUGAGAUAUUACAGAUUUUUCAAAUUAUUCAAGAAAUGAAAAAAAUGUAGGAAAUAAUAAAACAAAAUAUUAUCCACAAUCAUAAUUUCAUAAUUCGACUGACGGAGAAAGACAAAAAUAUAUCGAGUUUAUUACUGUAUUUGAUAUUAAACAGUGUUAUAUCAAUGAAUUAUUAUAGAGUUUUUUAGCUUUUGUAGGUGCUUUAUUUUGCAAUUUUAGAUUUUUAUAGCUUUUAGACUAUUAUUUAAUGUGCGAUUUUUAAUAAUAAUUUUAAUGUAAAGAGUUGCUUGUUCCAAAGAAUAACGAAACGCUAGUUGUAUAAUUAGAUUGAUCCAUAAAUAUUUAUCAUAAUAUUCUCUAACAUGUUUGUAUUGAAAUAAUUGAUUUUCACCAUUUUCAGUGCAUUUUAUGAUAUCAAGUCUACACUACUAUUGUUUUAAAAAGUAACUUUUUAAGUUGUAUGUCGUUAUUAUUUCUCUCAAUACAUAAUUAUUUAGCCGUUUGAA